GAUUUUGGGAACUGGUUCAGCGGCGAACGCCUUCCCUACAAGGCGGUGAGCCUGCCCUAGAGGCCUAGCCUUGUUAGGUUGGCGUUCUGCAAGAGUGCGGUAGUUUGAAAAUUCGUUUCGUUCUGAUCGUUCUACAUUGUGCUCUAGAAGCGCCGCGCUGAUUCGAGUCAUUCAUCAUUCGUAAUGUAUUCCGUCGGCGAUGUGGUGGUGGCGCUCUGGCCCUCCGUGGUGGGGGGGAAAAGGUACCCCGCGGUCAUCCAGAGUUUCAGUGCUGGGAAGUAUACUCUACAAUGGCUGGGUCAAAAAAAUGAAGUUAACAUCGUGGUGCCAGCCCGCAUCAUCGGCCGGGCCACACCAGCACUUAUCGAUGCAAUGCACGAAGAAGACUAUCUACCCAAGUACAGACAGGAAUUGGUCGCUGGAAAGGCGGAGGCUCGAAGGCUGAUUGCCGCGGUGGUGCCACAGCCGGCUCGGCAGCAGCAGGACAUACAACGCGCUGUUGAGCGCGCUCAACAAGAGUGUCAACAGCAGUUUCAGCAACAACUUCAGAUCGAACGCGACAACUUUCAGCAGCAGCUUCAGCUGGAGCGCGAUAACUUCCAGCAGCAGCUUCAGCUGGAGCGGCGGAGCUUUCAAGAGCAGCUGGAAGAAGCCCGUCUGCUGUCGGAACAGAAAUAUAGAGACAUGGAACAAACUCAUGGCACCCUUCAAAAGAAGUGCAUUGACCUUGAAGCCGUAGUCCAGCUGCACAACCAGCAGCAACAGCAGCAAAAAGACCAGGCGGCCCAGCAGCUGGAACAAGCUCGUCUGGACUUCCAGAAGCAAUAUACAGAGGCAGAACGAGCUCAUGAGGUUGAUCUCCGGCAAGUGGCCCAGCGCUCUUGGGAAGAGGUGACUCAGCAAUGCGAGCAGAAGAUUGAACAAGAGCGUCAAAAUUUUGAGAGGCAGCAGGAGCGCGCCCGUCUUCUGGCUGAAGAGCGUGCUCAAGGCAUAGAACAAGCACAUCAUCAGGCGCUUGAGCAGGUUGAAGCCCUGCAAAAGAAAUGCUCUGACCUUGAAGCCCUAGUCGACCUGCUUAACCAACAGCAGCAGCACCACCAAGAAGAGCAGGUGCCUCAUCCAGACCCUCAGGAUGAUGGUAAUGAUGGCAAUCUAGAUGAGCCGCAGGGCGAAGAUCAAGGAGAGCAGCUACCUGAUGAAAUGGAUCACGAUGAUGAUGAACCUAGAGUAUGGUACAGGGGUCCAGUGACCGCCAAGCUGCGUAGCAUACAGUGGAUUUACAGGUGCCCCCAAGCGGACCACAUGGGUCAGGUCCACGGUGACCCUAACCGCUUGCGGAGCAUCGCCACACGGUCGGGAAUACUGCUAAAAGCAAUCACAGCGGGGCUGGUGCCUGUUCCCAGGGAGGUGCUCUUGGCCAUGCCCGCGCCAGUAGUAGCGCUGCUAUUGCUGGCCGGUGCCUGGACCGGGUGUGUUGCGCAGGCCCCGGUGGUGCAGUUUGGAGAGAUGGAGCAUACUGCUUACUCUCCUCAGCGCCUCGCCGUAUUAAAUCUAAAGAGCUCCGACAAGAACGCGCAGGCCAAGAAGCGGGUGGCGACCUGCCCGCUCUGCCCGCUGCCGGGGUGGGAGGAACGGCAGUUCCCCGCCCACUUUCAUCAUGUUCACAAUCAUGGAGUCUCUGAGGAAAACGCAAGGGUGAGAACACACCGCCUCCACCUCGUUUACCUGGCCAGGAGUAGGGGACAUCUCGUACUUUCAUGGCGUAAUGCCAGAGCGAUGGUGGUGCAGCACCCAACCGUCUUUGAGGAGCUCGCAGCGUCGAGGGUCUCUGUUAGAGUAGUGACAGAGGAGGGCCAAAUGCAGGAACCUAACGUGGCAGGGCUGCUUAUGAGUCAAGUGCCUGUACCUCCUAGCCUUCCUACUACCAUUCUCGAUCGCUUGCCACCAACUCAGUGCAUAUGUGAAGGAUAUCUUGCAGGUGAAUUCCGAGUCAUUAAUGACGUGGGGCCAGAGCUGGAUGAUGAUGAAUUCUAGUUUUUUUUAAUGUCCCACUGUACUUAUAGCUUUAUUCUUAUUCUUUAUUCUGAAUUUGUCUGAUAAUUUUUGAUUGGAGGAUGGUUUUAAA